UGUGCCCGCAGCCAGCGGCGGGGCGCGCCGUCGGGUCGGUGGGUGCCGCCUCCCCAUCAGCGCAGCGCGCCCGCGGCCCCUCGGGCACGGGGAGCCGCUGGUGGCCGCGCUGGUCGCCUCUGCACACGCCAUGGCCGUCGCCUACCUGCUGGGCAACAACGGCACCGCGCCGCUCCUCGCCGGCGCCCUGGAUGUCCCUUCGGCCGCCAACGCCUCCGCUGCCGCCUGCCGCCCCUCCGCGCCUCCCUGCGCCUGGGGCAAUGCCUCGGCGGGAUGGAACCGCUCCGAUCCCUGCGGCGGCGCCAACGGCAGCGCGGGCGGCGGGCCGUGCGUGCCCGCGGGCGGCGGCCCCUCCGUGGUCACGGCCAUCGCCAUCAUGGCCCUCUACUCCGUGGUGUGCGUCGUGGGGCUCUUCGGCAACUUCUUGGUCAUGUAUGUCAUCAUCAGGUAUACGAAAAUGAAGACUGCCACCAAUAUCUACAUUUUCAAUCUUGCAUUGGCAGAUGCCCUAGCUACAAGUACUCUACCAUUCCAGAGUGUGAAUUACUUGAUGGGAACAUGGCCAUUUGGUACAAUCCUUUGUAAGAUCGUUAUAUCCAUAGACUACUACAAUAUGUUCACUAGUAUCUUUACACUCUGUACCAUGAGUGUGGAUCGCUACGUAGCUGUUUGCCACCCAGUUAAGGCUCUUGAUUUCCGAACGCCCAGAAAUGCCAAAAUUGUCAAUGUCUGCAACUGGAUUCUUUCUUCUGCCAUUGGCCUGCCAGUUAUGUUCAUGGCAACUACUAAGUACAGGCAUGGCUCUAUUGACUGCACACUUACGUUCUCCCACCCUGCGUGGUACUGGGAGAACCUCCUGAAAAUCUGUGUGUUCAUCUUUGCCUUCAUCAUGCCAGUCCUGAUCAUUACCGUGUGCUAUGGGCUGAUGAUUUUACGCCUAAAGAGUGUUCGCAUGUUAUCUGGCUCCAAAGAGAAGGACAGGAACCUGCGAAGAAUCACAAGGAUGGUUCUUGUAGUGGUGGCAGUGUUUAUUGUCUGCUGGACUCCCAUCCACAUUUAUGUCAUCAUUAAAGCGCUGGUUAACAUCCCAGAAACUACUUUCCAGACUGUCUCCUGGCACUUCUGCAUUGCUCUAGGGUAUACAAAUAGCUGCCUUAAUCCAGUCCUUUAUGCAUUUCUAGAUGAGAAUUUCAAAAGGUGUUUCAGAGAGUUCUGCAUCCCUACUUCCUCAACCAUUGAGCAGCAAAACUCCACCCGAGUCCGACAAAACACUCGUGACCAUGCUUCCACUGCCAACACUGUGGACAGGACUAACCAUCAGCUGGAACUUCAAGAAGCUGAAACUACUCCACUGCCGUGACAGGGUCUCCUGCCGCAUAGCUCUCAAACCAAUUGCACACCAGUGCCACAGUGUGUCUGGGCAGUAUGCUGUGGGAAUGUGUAGGAUACACUUUCCGUCAAUAAAACACCACAGAGAAAAGUGCCUGCUUUUCCUGUCUGUCAAAAAUUGCUUCUGCAGCACUUCUGCUUUGGGCAUAACAGAAGCAUGAAACUUAAGAGCAAGCAGAGCCAAGAGAUACAGGGGCUUGCCAGGCUCUGGUGUUCAAAGAGUCGUGUUUAUCAGGAAUACAUACGUUAGUCUAAACAGAACUAUUGCACCUGUAGCAACCUGACAUGCUGUGACAGGUUACAAUGGUGUUAAAAUGGUUGGAAACAGAAAUUCAAAGGCUAGACAAAUAGAGUUUGAAAAAAUUAAGGUGAGCUUUUAAUGAUGGGAAAUAAUGGAAAAAAAGAAGUUGUAAUACUAUUGGGUACUCGAUUUACUCUUAAAAUUUAUUCAGAGGUGUUUUCUGUGCAGUUUAUUUGUGUGCUGAAGUCUCACAAGUUCAUGUAGAAUAAUACAUUUGCAGUUCAAGACGUCUUCUCUUACAAAGAUUUCAUGUUCCACCAUUUCAAAGCGAAAAUAUUUCUUUCAGUUCUCACUUAUCAAGGAAAAAAAACCUCCAAGCUUUGCUUUCUGCUUCUGUUUCUCACAUGAAAAAAGCCCAAAUUUAGAAUCAAAACAAGGAGCUAUUACUUCUUCUACAAGAGAUGAGUAAAUGAAAGUAUUCCAUGUUCUUAUUGAUUGCCAAAUGAUCCCCAAAACAGCAUUGACUCUAUUAACAUAAAUUCCUGUGCGAAUGGAAAUCUAGCGAUAAGCCUGUAAGAGCUGGCACAGGCUGAUGAUGACUUCUCUUUCAACUAGUUUAUUGAAUUUCAACUGCCCUGUCAGCAACAUUUGGAAUUUGAGUCAUUGACAGUCCCCAUUUGAAGUGCUUGGAGCAGUCACAACAUUAGACUUUAUUUAAAAAAAAAAAAAAAGUUACAUUUUGCUAGAAAUCUUAUUUUUUCUUUUAAACCAGACCCAUAUGUUUGCUUUCUAACAUUAUACAGUCUGCAUCUCCAUUUUGUACUAGCUACUAAAAUACAUUAAGAAACAUUGUACUGAUGUAAAUGCCACCAUAGCUGUUUUCUAGUAUGGAAAAUAGAAAUAUCCAUGUAGAUAAUUUGUGGUAUGAUGGUAUUUUCUAGCCAUUGUUUGUUACUUGCUUUGUAAGUAAGUCAUCAGUAGUUGACCAAGGGAAAAUGUACUUAAAUGAAUAUGUGUAUUCUAAAAUACAAUUGUACGCUACAGGUUUUCGUUUGCUUUUUUAUUAUUAUUUUUAUUUCUGCAGCCAAAAUGUAUUUCUUAUUUUCAUUGUUAAAAUCUGUGUAACAAUACGCUUUUAAUGUGAAAAUGUUUCUGCCAUGGACUUCAUAAUAAAGAUUGAAAGCCAAAUCCUUGCUACUGGUAAAUUAAAGUAAUACUUGAGUUUCAUUAGUGUGUUGCAGAUAAAUAUGUAACCCCUUGUAUCAGCAGAAUAUGAAACUAAAUAUAGCUGAAGUGCCUUAAUUUUCCCCUAUUGUGUUGAGAAUUCCACUGUGCCAUCAUAGAGAUUUAAAAUUUAAUUUUGUAUUUGUUUAGCAGGAUCUCAUUAUAGUAAUCAUUAAAGUUUAAACUAGAGUUUUUAUCAUCUUCCUAUGAGGUUUUACAUAUAAUUCUUAAAUAGCAUAAGAUAGGCACUCAGAAGAAUUUGUUUUGCACUGUGCAGCAGUAUUAUUUAGAUAACAUUAAGAUCAGAGAAUACACCAGAAAUGCAAACAGAUUAGCAUCAUACAAUGUUAUUACUAUCCGAUAGGUUCUGAGUUGUCUGCCAUGAUCACAUACAACCUCACAAAACUGAAAUACAUUGAAUGACCAUUUGAAAAGUCUUAACAGAUAAAUCAGAAAUAUAUUUAAUUAAACCAAACAUCAUAGUUUCAUAACUAGUCCAAAAUUCGUCAGCUUUCACAGAAUUUACAUAAUGAAUUGAAAGAAUUCAAUUCUUCUGUACUUAGAAUAAAAGCUCACAAGCGAAAUACUACAGUUUGCUAACAGACUGCCUAAUAUUUUCAAAGCUAUUUUAGGUUUCCACAGUCCAAUAAUUAAUUGAGAAACAUGAGUGUAAAUAUUUUUAGCAGUAAUAAUGUUGUAGUCGUGAUGGUCUAAGGAUACGAGGAAUCAAAUUUUAUUAGCAGAGCAUUAGCAAAAGUAAGUAAAAUGUCUUGGG